GACAGGAGACUGAGACAAAGAGUCAGAGAGUUGAUGGAGGAGAUGUCUUCAGCAGUUGCAGUGACUCUUAGUUUGGGUACUUCUUUGGGUGAUAACUCUGGAAUCACAACUCAUGUGGAAAUCACACGACUCAAUCUGGUAACAGAUGCAGCAAAUUUGUUGUUGGAUCCUGCUAAGGUUGUGCCUGCAGAGUCUGUUUCUAGUGGCAAUGGAAGCUGCAAUGAUGCUAAGGAGGAAGUUAACAUGCUAACCAUGACAGCACCAGAAGGCAAUGCCAGAGGAGGGGUGAAUUUGUUGGAGAUGUUGCCAGAGAACAGAGAUGAAUCAAUUGCUAAUGAUACCACGAUUCAGGAAAGUGAGGAAGAUGAAAUCUUGUCUGUUCCAGAUGACAAUAAUGAAUUUAUUAGUGAGGAUUUGUCAAGUUCGAAUGUAGGGUCUCGAAUAAUCUUGCCAGAUAUUGCGGAAAUUGAAAACAUUGGUCAUGCUCAGAUUGUUGCUAAAGCUAUUAUCUUGGAGGAAUCAAGUAUAGGACAGGCACCUUCUGGUGAACUUAUUGUGGCAGCAGUGAGCCCAGAUUUGAAGAUAUCUGGUAAAUCUGAUUUAAAGGCCUCUGCAAUGGUUUUCCAGUCACACGUGGAGAAGAAUGUCGGUAAAGCAGGCCGUCGAAGUGUUUUUGAGCUGGACUGUAUUCCCCUUUGGGGUUCUGUAUCUAUUUGUGGAAAAAGACCAGAAAUGGAAGAUGCCAUUGCUGCUGUACCUCAAAAUUUGAAAAUUCCAAUCAAAAUGCUAAUUGGUGAUCGUGUGAUUGAUGGAAUAAAUCAGAGUUUGACACACAUAACUAGUCAUUUUUUUGCUGUUUAUGAUGGCCAUGGGGCUCUCAGGGUUUACCUUUUGCAGGUUGCAAACUAUUGUCAUGAGCGCAUCCAUCUGGCUUUGGCUGAAGAGAUUGGAGUCUUUAAAGACAGUUUAAGUACUGGAGGAACAGGGGAAAAUCAGCAGCUGCAGUGGGAGAAAGCCUUUACUAGUUGUUUCAAAAAAGUUGAUGAUGAAAUUGGAGGAAAAGUUAGUAGAGGCAUCAAUAGAAGCAAUGGAGAUGCUUCUGACCCUGUUGCACCAGAAACUGUUGGAUCAACAGCUGUGGUUGCAUUAAUAUGUUCAUCUCAUAUUAUAGUUGCAAACUGUGGUGACUCAAGAGCUGUCCUUUGUCGCGGGAAAGAACCCAUUGCUUUAUCAAGUGAUCAUAAACCAAACAGAGAAGAUGAAUAUGCAAGGAUUGAAGCAUCUGGAGGCAAGGUCAUACCAUGGAAUGGUCACCGUGUCUUUGGGGUUCUUGCAAUGUCAAGGUCCAUUGGUGAUAGGUAUUUGAAACCAUGGAUUAUUCCAGAACCGGAAGUCAUGUUUCUUCCUCGAGCUAGAGACGAUGAAUGCCUUAUUUUAGCCAGCGAUGGUUUGUGGGAUGUGAUUUCAAACGAAGAAGCUUGUGCACUGGCUCGAAGGCGGAUUCUGCUCUGGCACAAAAAGAAUGGGACUGCAUCUCUUCUUGAGAGGGGUACAGGAAUUGAUCCUGCAGCGCAAGCAGCAGCUGAUUACCUUUCGAUGCUUGCCCUCCAAAAGGGAAGCAAGGAUAACAUCUCUGUGAUUGUGGUGGACUUGAAAGCACAAAGGAAGUUCAAGAGCAAGUCUUAGUGGAUAAACUUCAGCAUGAUAGCUGAAGUCUCUUACCUAUAUAUAUUAGAGAAAGUACACCUGCUUAAUACAUAGUCUGGUCCAUUCCUUUUUCUUUGUGGGCUUAAUGUGUGUUCAAGUAUAGAAAUUUAUAUGUACUGUAGGAACUAUGAUGGAAUGCCAUUAUCUCUGUCUUGGUCUGUCUUGCCGAGAUUUAGUUUUUGUGAAUUCUGAAAGGCUGCAAGUAGGGAGAGAAAUUUUCAA